AUGCAGCAGUGCUGUGUUUUCAGGACUCUGUUUACCAGCACAGACAAGAUGGUCUAUGAAAUCCCUGGUGUUUCAGCUGAAAUGAUGGGUCUCAUCAUCGAUUACGCCUACACUGGGACAGUACCGAUCACGGAGGACAACGUUGAGAGUUUGCUGGCUGCAGCAGACCAGUUCAAUGUCAUGGGCAUCGUCAACCUGUGCUGUGAGUUCCUCCAUUCCAGGCUCUGCUUUGAGAACUGCAUUGGCAUCUGGAGAUUAACUAGCUAUUACUACUGCCCCGACCUGCGCGCAGCCGCCUGCGCAUACAUCUUGCAUCACUUCGAGGAGGUGUCCCAGGUGUCCGAGGAGUUCCUAGACCUCUCUGCUGAGGAGCUGGCACAUAUCAUCGAGAAGGACGAGCUCAACGUGAGGCGAGAAGAAGCCAUGCUCGAGGCUGUGCUGAGGUGGAUCACUCACGACCCGCAGAACAGGAGGCAGUACAUCGCCUGCUUGCUGGACAAGGUUCGACUGGCACUCCUACAGUCGAACAACGUCGAAGCUCACGAGUACGUGAAGGACAGUGCUGAGGGCAAAGAUCUCAUCAUCAGGGCCCUGUCAGAAAUCUAUGACUUUUUUAUAGAUUAUUAAAGAAUAAAUUUGCAGAUCGAAGUA